ACAUGAUCUCUUAUCCAGCAGAUUCUCAUCGUAUCUCUGAAGGAGAUCUAUAAAAUGACGUCGUAACUUCUGCGGAUUUAUUAUUAUAUGUAUUUGUAUGCUACUGCGCAGUAUAGUAGUGACCAUCAAACAUGGCAAAUCCAGCAGAAUACGUAUCUUCUAAUGUGAUGCAAAAACGUACCGUAUUGAUGGUAGUAAAUGAAUUUGUCAAAAAUCUGAAAAGUAUAUCUGGAACAUGUAUGGAUGUCGGUUGUGGUCCCGGAGAUAUAACAAAUAAUAUUCUUUUACCAACUCUCGACCCAAAUGCUACAAUUAUUGGUACGGAUAUUUCAGUAACAAUGAUUGAAUAUGCGAAGAAAGCGUACGGUGACAAUAAACGACUCGAAUUUGAAACGUUGGACAUUCAAACUAAAAACUUGCCCGAAAAAUAUAUUUCUAAGUUUAAUCAUAUAUUUUCAUUUCAUACCUUGCAUUGGUGCAACGAUAUUAGAAAAGCGUUUGAGAAUAUGUACUGCAUGCUUCAACCUGGUGGAACUAUUUUCGUACUUUUUUCAUUAUCUCAUGAUUUAUAUGAAGUAUUGAAGAAUUUUAAACAAGAUGUCCGAAUUGCAACGCUGCAUUCGAGCAAUUAA